CAGAGCUUCGCCCCCGCGCUGUGCCCUCUGUCGGCGGCGUGGGGCAGCGGUAGCAGCGGUGGCGGCAGCCGCGUCGACGUCGGCCAAGACUGGAGCGACGUUUAAAGAAGGAGCCGAGUCGCCGUGGAGUCCGGCUGCUUGUUGUUGGAGGACGCCCACCCUUCUGCGGGGCCCGACGACGAGCGGCGGCGGCACCGGGAAGCAGCAUCUGUUGACUUCAGUUGGCACUCUGUUUAAUAUUCCACCUCUGGAGAUUGCAAGGGUAGAGAGGUGAGGGGAAGGAGCAAGGGAAUAAAGAAAGAGGAGAAGGCAUGGAGAAUAGAAAACUGAUUUCUGCUACAGACAUUCAAUACUCUGGCAGUCUGCUGAACUCCUUGAAUGAGCAACGUGGCCAUGGACUCUUCUGUGAUGUUACUGUUAUUGUGGAAGACCGAAAAUUCCGGGCCCACAGGAAUAUUCUUUCAGCUUCUAGUACUUACUUCCAUCAACUCUUCUCAGUUGCCGGGCAAGUUGUUGAACUGAGCUUUGUAAGAGCAGAGAUCUUUGCAGAAAUUCUCAAUUAUAUAUACAGUUCUAAAAUUGUUCGUGUUAGAUCAGAUUUACUUGAUGAGUUAAUUAAAUCAGGACAGUUAUUAGGAGUUAAAUUUAUAGCAGAGCUUGGUGUCCCAUUGUCACAGGUUAAAAGCAUCUCAGGUACAGCUCAGGAUGGUAAUGCAGAAACCUUACCUCCCAGUUCUAAUGACAAGAACCUUGAAAUACAAAAAUCAAAAGAUGAAGCCCAAGAUAAUGGGGCCACUAUAAUGCCUAUUAUAACAGAGUCUUUUUCCUUAUCUGCUGAAGAUUAUGAAACAAAAAAGAUCAUAGUUACCGAUUCAGAUGAUGAUGACGAUGAUGUCAUUUUCUGCUCUGAGAUUCUGCCUGCAAAGGAGACUUUGCCGAGUACCAAUGCAGUGGCCCAGGUCCAGCCGAAUCCAGGCUCUGUUGCUAUUUCAGAUGUUGCACCUUGUGCUAGUAAUAACUCUCCCCCUUUAACAAAUAUAACACCUACUCAGAAACUUCCUACUUCUGUGAAUCAGUCAACUCUGAGCCAAACACAAGGAAGUGAAAAGUUGCUUGUAUCUUCGGCCCCAGCACAUCUGACUCCCAACAUUAUUUUGUUAAAUCAGACACCACUUACUACACCACCAAAUGUCAGUUCUUCACUUCCAAAUCACAUGCCUCCUUCAAUCAAUUUACUUGUGCAGACUCAGCAGCCACCAAACAGUGCUGUUUUACCAGGAAACAAGGCCAAUGAAGAGGAGGAGGAGGAAAUUAUAGAUGAUGAUGAUGACACUAUUAGCUCGAGUCCAGAUUCGGCGGUCAGUAACACAUCUUUGGUCCCACAGGCUGAUAUCCCCCCAAAUACCACUUUUGAUGGAUCAUUGACACAGAAGAUGCAGAUUCCUACACUUCUCCAAGAGCCACUUUCCAAUUCUUUAAAAAUUUCAGAUGUAAUUACUAGGAACACUAAUGAUCCAGGUGUAGGAUCAAAACAUCUAACAGAGGGUCAGAAGAUCAUUACUUUAGAUACAGCUACUGAAAUUGAAGGCUUGUCAACAGGUUGCAAGGUUUAUGCAAAUAUCGGUGAAGAUACGUAUGACAUAGUGAUCCCUGUCAAAGAUGAUCCUGAUGAAGGGGAGGCCAGACUUGAGAAUGAGAUGCCCAAAACUUCUAGCAGUGAGACGGCAAACAAACGUAUGAAAGUAAAACAUGAUGAUCACUAUGAAUUAAUAGUAGAUGGAAGGGUCUAUUAUAUCUGUAUUGUAUGCAAAAGGUCGUAUGUCUGCCUGACAAGCUUGCGGAGACACUUUAACAUUCAUUCUUGGGAAAAGAAGUAUCCUUGCCGUUACUGUGAAAAGGUAUUUCCUCUUGCAGAAUAUCGCACAAAGCAUGAAAUUCAUCACACAGGGGAGCGAAGGUAUCAGUGUUUGGCCUGUGGUAAAUCUUUCAUCAACUAUCAGUUUAUGUCAUCACACAUAAAGUCAGUUCAUAGUCAAGAUCCUUCUGGAGACUCAAAGCUUUAUCGUUUACAUCCAUGCAGGUCUUUACAGAUCAGACAAUAUACAUACCUUUCUGAUAGGUCAGGUACUAUGCCUGUAAUGAAGGAUGAUGGUAUUGGGUAUAAGGUUGAUGCUGGGAAAGAACCUCCAGUAGGGACCACAUCUACUCCUCAGAACAAGCCAAUGACCUGGGAAGAUAUUUUCAUUCAGCAGGAAAAUGAUUCGAUUUUUAAACAGAAUGUAACAGAUGGCAGUACUGAGUUUGAAUUUAUAAUACCAGAAUCUUAUUGAACUUCGUUGGAAUAUCAGAAAGUUUUGGGUUGGGUUAAGGGGCAGAGGUUUCAGAAGACCUGUAAAGCGAAUUAAGGUGAAAACAAGUUAAUUUGAUUUCCAUGUCAUCUAAAGGUAGUCUACUUGGACUAGUUGAUAAAUUUUAGAAGCAAAUUCUGAAAGUUUGAGUAGAGAUUGAGAAGUUUCUCUUCCCUCCCCUCCGCCAAUUAUCUGUUUAUGUAGUUAUUAGCUUUCAGCUCAUUUAAAAGUGGUGGGGGAAAAAAAGCUUGGAGAGGUAGUUUCCUGAAUAGGGUUUGAAGCAGUCUAAGUUUUCUUUGAAAAUAACUGGAGUUAGCAUAUCCCUAGUAUAUCUUACAACUCUCCCCUUCCAUGUUAGCACUUUACUGCUGAAUUUUCAAUGUUCUUAAUAUUGAGACUAUAAAUGUGUGUUGUGUCUUGUAUAUGGCAUAAAAAGUAAGAGCUUCUAAAGUUGUUACAGAAAAUUUCAGAAUAAGUCUCCACUUGAUUGUGUAUUCUGGUAGUCCAAAUGGUUAUCAGCCUCCUGCCUCCUUCCCACCACAAAAGUGACCAUGCAGACGAGUGUCUCAUAUGAAGAAUAAAUUAGUUUUAGCUAAUCAGAAUUAAAUCUUGCUUUUAUAGCCAUAGUCUGGAAAAGACUGGUGGCUGGACUACUGUGUGUGUGUGUGUGUGUGUGUGCGCGCGCGCACACACAUAUAUAUGUAUAUACACACAUACCCUUGCAGUGUGGUCUCUGUGGGCAGAAAUACUAGUGGGAAACAAAUUUCCAUAAUGCAGACAGGAGGAGAUGAAAAGUUCUGUCACAUUUGUUUUGAAUUCUGUGCUCUUCCAUAAAAGAGACAGAGUGGAAGUGAAUGGGGAUUUUUUGCUCAUUAUGGUUAGAAAUACUCCCAUGAAAUUUUUCACAUUUUGAAUCUGAAAGCCACCAAAUCAUUAAUUUUAUGUAAAUCUUUAUAAAUGAUAGUUUUCAUAAAUGAAACUGCUACAUAUUUUGUGCAGGAGGCUGCUGGCAUAUAUUUUUAAAUGUUCAUAUUACUUAAAAUCUGAUAGGAAGUUUUCAUUUGAAAUAGUUGAAUCAGUGAUCUAGUAUUUUCCCUUCAGCAAGACCUUUUCAUUCCAUCUGCAAAUUGCUGCACUAUCAAUAGCAAUCAGAAGCUAUAUGUGGAAUGUUUUAUAGGCUUGUUGAUUCCCAUUUAUCUUGAGAACAAUAAAUACCACCUUUCUUCCUUUUAAAAUGACACAUAUUUAAAUACUUAGAAUAAAGUCAACUUACUGAAGUGUUAGUGCUAAAAGGAAGCAGGUUGGAACAAAUAUAUAGCCUAGCAUUUAUAAUAGGAUUGACUUGAUGGACUUCUGUAAAUGACUUUUUGCAAAGGAAAAAAAUUAAUAGAUAACUGAAAAAGAUUGUUGUGCAUAGUUAUUAGUCAUUUGUAACCUUGCUUAAGUAUUUCUUAAUUCAACAUAGAUAUUUCCUUUCUCCUUAACCAUGUAUUUUUGAAAAUAGUCUAUUUCUUGACCUUGAACUUAAAGCUUUAAUCAUAAUUUCUCAUGUAUACAUCAUUCUUCUGAAGGUAAGCUAGAUUUGAAGAUAAAGAUUUCAGUGUUUCUUAACUUGGUAGCUGAGGGUAUCAGGCAUCAGUAUUUACAAUAAUACCAGGGGAAAGAAAAAUACUGUAAUCCUUUGCUUACUGAGGACUAGAAUGAUGCACAACUGUUUUCUGUGAAUCUAGACCUUCAAACCAUUUUGUAAAGUAAUCCUUGGAAGAUUUUAAAUUACCUUACAACUUAAGACUCUGAUCUCUGGAAUCACAGUAUCUGUUUCCUUUCUGUGUAGGUAUUGAUAAUAUUACUCUGUGUGGUGCACUAUGAAAUUUUCAGUGGAAAUUUGUUUGAGUUUCAUUAAUGCUAUUUCACCAGACAUAAUUCAUUCUACAAGUGUGAGAGACACUGAUACCAGCAGAGCUGCCAGACCUUUCAGACUUAACUUAUAGGUAAAUUAAUCUGUCAUAAUAAAACUUGGUAGUUUCUACAAGGCUGUUACGACAAACCAGAACUUAAUUCUAUAAUGGGAAACUAUCCAUUCUGAAUAAUACCAAUAUAAUUAUUUGCUGCUGCUGUGCUCUAUGUUAAUCUGAGUGUGAAAUUUAAACUCUAUGCCUACUGAAGGUAUCUUGAGUUUUCUUGGAGGAGGGAAACUGGAAAGCUAAAAUUGUAUUUUUGCCAGAAGACUCUUACUUGCAUGUAUGUCAGGGUCUUCAGUUUUUCUAGAAGUUUCUAUACCUAAACUUUGGAAUUCAUGUAGAAUACUCCUUUGGGGCUAAAACACUGUACUUGGAAAUCUGUAGUAAGACCCUGUUUAAAACUUACAGGCUUUUCCUGUUUUAUACUUUGCUUUCUGGCUAUUAAACUUCCUUUUUUUCUUUCAAGUUGGCUUUAAAUUUGCUCUGUGUUAAAUUACAUGUAAAUAUUCUGGAUAGGAACGUUUGAAAUAGGAUUUGUUAAACGAGGUGAAAGAAGGUGAAAAUAUUCAAACUAAGCAAAGAUUUUAAGAUAUCAUAGCAAUCUUGUAAGAUUCAUGUUAAAAUAUAUUUUAAAUGAUCAUUAUCCUUUUGGUGGUAAUGAUCCCCCACAUACAACUACUGAAUGAGGAAUUGAUGCUACAUUUUUUUCCAUUGUACCAAAAAAACAAAUGGUAAAGAUGAUCGAGGUAUUUUGUAUUGUCAAGGCAUGUAUAGUCUAAGGGAUUACUUGCUCAUUCCACAGCACUGGCUUCCUCACCUCUGUCAGUCAUAUGGAACCUUACUCAUUUCUACCCAAUACUGUAAUGUCCAUACUUGUACAAUCUUCCUUAUCAUGACUUUAAGUUCUACUUUUCUUUAACUGUUACCUGAUACUAGUUCAUAGAGUUUCUUAUGGCAAAAAUAAAAGGUUUUAAUUCUGA